AUGGACGACGAUUCAACACCAAAAGAAGAUCUUUUCCAAGAGAGAGAAGCGCUAAUGGUGUUUCCACCUGAAAACAGCAAAAAAUCUCAUCUUUUGAAGCCAUGUUCAACCUCCAUUGAUGGAUCUGGAGCUUUUCUCCGUCAACAAAACCGUCCUGACUUAAAGGCACUCUCUCGCAGUGUUAACUUCAUUGGGUGGAGAUUAGCGAGCAGAAAGUUCAAGUCUUGGACUAGAAAAAUGGCUGCUUUACACAAACCCAUUUGGGAAAAAGCUGGGACUUUUGAAGCUGUUAUGUCAUCAAUAUAUAGAAUCACGACAUAUAAGCAUCUUGUCCUUGGUAUCACUGAGAAAUGGUGUCCUGAUUCAAAGAAUUUUGUUUUCCCUUGGGGUGAAACAAGCAUAACACUUGAAGAUGUUAUGGUGCUUUUAGGUUUCUCUGUUUCCGGUUUACCGGUUUUCGCUGCUUUGGAUAGGUCAGGAGAGAAGAUUAAGUCGGAACUGUUGAAAGAAUGGGUCGAGAUUAGGAGCAAGACUGAGCAUGCUGCUUUCCUUGUGUGUUGGCUUAGCUACUUUGUGUUUCCGUUGCGUUAUUAUCAUAUCUUUGAAGCUGUGUUUUCGAUUGCUAUUCAUCUUUCAAGUGGUACAAAGAUUGCUUUAGCUCCAGCUGUUCUUCCUCACUUGUAUCAAGAGCUAACUCGUUUGAAAUACCACAUUCAAGCUUUCCGCAAACCAACGAUUACUGUCGUAACUGAUUUCACUGCUUUGUUUAAGCUGGUUCAAGUUUGGACAUGGGAGAGAUUCAAGGAACUACAACCAAUUCCUAAUCAGUUGCUAGAAGGUGAGCCAAGAUUGGCUCUUUGGCAUGAGAAGCAGAGAAAGAUUGAUGAUGUGAGGUGGGUUCUAGACAACUCGAAGAUCGACAAUUUUGAGUGGCGUCCCUUCACAAAACCUGUGAAGAACUGGGAGUUUCCUCGGUUUUACCCCGAAAAGGCGAUGUUGGUUCCUGUUGGUCCUAAUCUCGAUGAUGAAUUUACCCCCUUUGCUCGGUUCAUCAAGGUCUCUGAGCUUGUUGGUAUUUAUAAUGUGGAGCAUUACUUUCCUGAUCGAGUGGCUUCACAGUUCGGGUUGCUUCAGGAUGUUCCUUGUCUUGUUAACCGUAACAACCUCUUAAAGGAGGAAGCUUGGGAUCAUUACAACAAGCCUAUUGAUGAUUUGACGUUACGCAUUCCUUCUCGUUAUGCAGUAGCUUGUGUUACUCCAAUGUUCUGCGAGUGGGGGAAGAAGACAUUUCAAGAAUUUCAGAGUUCUUCGGAGAUGAACAGAACAAGCGAGGCAGUAAGGAAGAUAUCUAAGGAUUCGAGAAGAAAGAGACGCAAGUAUAUGAUCCUAUCUUGUCACAAGAAACAGAAGUGCAUGAAGCAAUCUCGUCGUGAGAACGAUGAUGUUAGCCUCACCAUUGCUCAAAUGUUGAGACAUAAUAAGAAGAAGUACAGUGAUGUAGAGCAUAGUGGAGGAGAUGAUUCUGAACAGCUUGGUAAAAAAAGUAGACUUGAGGCGGAUAACAAUGAUUCAGGACCUAAUCAAAAGCUCGCUUCGAUAAGCGCUGAUGGAAAUGAAGCUGUACCACUACUAGAAAUAGAGCACAGGAAUGAAGAGACUGAUGAAACUGGUCUUAGUCCAAUUGAUGAAACCAAUUCUUCAGAUUCUUUUCUUGGUGCCAAUGGAGUUGAAAUUGUUGUGUCACCACCAGAGACAGUGCAAACUUGUGAUGAUGAGCUUGAUGUAUAUGGAAGCAAUGCCGAUAUGGUCGAGGAACAAACUUUUUUGCUCCAAAAAGAUGGUUCCGUAGCGGAAGAAAAGGUGAGGUCAGAUGAGAAGUUGUGCAGUGAAGCUGAGAAAGAAGAUGAUGUUGUUGAAAAUGAAAGAUUGGUCCAAGAAAAGGUUGCAUUGGAGGAAGAGGAGGAUCUAGCAUUGAAGGCGGACAACAAUGGACCAACUCUACGAGAAGAUGAUGAGUCCUACGAGAAGAUGAGGCACGAGCUGGAGGUACUGGUGUCAUCGAUAGAAGCGCGUACUGAUAAGGCAGAAAGAAAUCUGGCAUGGUUGCAAGAGAGGAGAGCCAUAAGACAGUGGAAAAUAGCAGCGGCUCGUUUAAUCUAA